AUGUUCUGGCGUUUUGGGGGAUAUGCAAGUAUCUCCACCAUCGAUACCCUUCUCGACAAGCCCGAUGUCACCCUCGAGGACCUGCUGGAUGAGCCGGAGAUCAUCCAGGAACUGAAACAGCAUAAUACGAAACUCACGGAAUACCUGCGCGAGGAUCAUGUCUUGAAACGGCUUAUGGACUAUGUCACCGCACCGAGCUUGGUCAAUGAUGACGAAGAAAAUGAUGACGAUGAUGCCAACGAAAAGGAUACCGCCCAGGAUACAGGCGCCACUGCUGCGCCAACAGAGCAGGCGGACAGCGACGACAAGGACGAGAGGGAAGAGAAGGAAACCGACCUACUGAAGGAUGUUCUAAACCCGGAUGACCUGGACAAGGUCGAGAAGACUCGUUUGAAGCAUGCCUACGUUGCGUGUGAGAUUCUUUCUUCGGAGACAUGGUCGAUCUUGGAAUCCAUGAUGGCCAACCCUUCCAACCUGCGCGACUUCUGGGGUUUCCUUCGACGGCCCCCUCCCCUAGACUCACUGCAGGCCAGCUACUUUACCAAAGUGAAUGAGACCCUACUGGACAAAAAGACGGAGGAAAUGCUGGAUUUCCUGAAGUCGCUGGACGGGAUUGUGGCGGCACUGCUGCAGCACGUGGAUAAUCCCAUGGUAAUGGAUCUCCUGCUGAAGAUAAUUAGCUUGGAGAAGGCGGAUGGGGGCCAAGGCACGGUGGACUGGCUGCAGUCGCAGGACUUGAUCCCGACCCUCCUCUCAUUCCUGUCUCCCGAGCAUCCAGGCUCUGUGCAAACGUCCGCCGGCGACUUCUUAAAGGCGAUUAUUACCAUCUCCGCCAAUGCGACUCCAAAUGACCAGUCCUGCAUUGGUCCUAACAGCCUGACCCGCCAGCUCGUUUCGCCCGAGCAUGUGCAGCUGCUCAUCACUGCGAUGCUGAAGGGUGGCAACCCGCUGACUGUGGGUGUGGGCAUCGUCAUCGAGGUCAUCCGCAAGAAUAACUCCGACUAUGAUCCAGAGCAGUUGAGUGGCCCGGAUUCCAUGCCUACGCCGUACGACCCGAUCUAUCUCGGACACCUGCUUCGCCUGUUUGCUCAGCAUAUUCCCGAUUUCAUGGCCCUCAUUCAAAGCUCCAAGCAUGCGGUUCACGACGGUACUCAGUUGAAGUCUGUCGACCGGGGUCGCUUGAACUCCGCCUGGGGCGCCACAAUCGAGCCGCUUGGUUUUGACCGUUUCAAGACAUGCGAGUUGAUGGCGGAGCUGCUGCACUGCAGUAACAUGGGUCUUCUCAACGAGCCCGGCAGUGACGAUUAUGUUCGGCAUCGCAACGAGGAGCGCGAGCGGUUGAUUCGCGAAGGCGUUUUCAACCCUCACCGGGAUGAGGAAUCCGGUAUAGAUUACAAUGAUACAACUGCGGACUUCACCAAUGCUUCGGUCAUGGAUACUGGAUCACCGGAGGCUCUCAAGGCUCGGGUUGUUGAAGAUGAGGGCUUCGAGGAUGUCGGCGCCUCUGGCGUUCUGGUCGGUGAGAAGGAUGAGGAGAAGGAAGCCACCCAGCAAACGGACACCGAAGAGACCUCUCAGCCAACCACCGAUGUAUCGGUGGAAACGGGGAAGACAGACGCAGACGCUGCGUCCUCGCCUCACACCCCUGCUACUCCGACUACUGGUCUAACUGACCAAGUCGGUGGCAUUGAGCUUGGAGCCGAAUCGCAAAAGGAGCAGCCAGCAUCCACACAGAAUGGAAAAGAGGAGGUGCCCGUGACUGCUCAGCCUGAAGAUGUGCCGCCUCCACUCUUUGCGUCAAAGGAACAACAGCCAGAGGCUGCUGCCCAAGCGGAAGGCUCUGCGGGGUCGGUUCAGGAAACAGAACUAAUUAACGACGGGGGCGCUGAGGAUCCCGCUGAGCAGUACAUUCAGUAUGACACCGACGGCCGUCCUGUGGUGGGAGACUAUCUGAAGAUCAUGUUCGUCGAGAACAAGGUGGUGCCAACCAUCUUGGGAUUUUUCUUCCGAUUUCCCUGGAACAAUUUUCUUCAUAACGUUGUGUACGACGUGAUCCAGCAGGUGUUCAAUGGCCCUAUGGAGCGCGGAUACAACCGAGCACUAGCCAUCAACGUUUUCGAGGUUGGUCAAAUUACGAGCGCCAUUGUCGAAGGUCAAAAACGCAGCGAUGAGACCCAGCGCACCAAGCAGAUCCGCCUCGGUUACAUGGGCCACCUGACCCUGGUUGCGGAGGAGGUUGUCAAAUUCAGCGAGCGCCACCCACCAGAGCUGCUGUCACGAUUUGUCAUGGAGUCCGUUCUGAAUCCUGAAUGGAUCGACUAUGUUGAGCAGACCCUUUCCGAAACCCGGGAACGCGACAACGCCAUCUUAGGUGGCGUACGGCCGGAUAUGGCUGUCGGUCCUCGACAGACUAUGAUCAACAACUCUAGCUCCGGCCAAGGCUUCAGCAACUCCUCGGCUUUGGCCGAGGCAGGACUGAACGGUGGCAUUGGCGGCUCGACUUUCCAGGGCUUUGACAUCAACCAGGGCAGUGUUUCUGGUGGAGCAUUUGGCGGCGGCGGUACUUCGCUUCUGAGUGGCUUUGGUAGCUCGAGUGAUGAUGAGGACGAGGAAAUGGAGGACCAGGAUGACCAAGACGCUAGCGGUGCCGACCACGGCGAUGCCGAGAAUGUUUCCGAAAAUUCUACUAGCCAGCCUAUUCCCAUUCUACCCCCACCUCCCGCGCCCCUCAGUCUGGGUCCCUCCAGAGCUCGGCGUCAGCUGGCAGCACGACUUGCUGCCCAGAAGCAGCAAGCGACUGAGAAUUCAGAUGCUGGAGAGGAAGAAACUGCCGAGGGUGAAGGUCGGGAGUGGUCCACCAACCCCUUUGUGAUUGCAGGAAUUGACGAUGACGCCGAAGGUGGCAACUCGGCGUUCCCCAACGCCGACUUCGGAUCGAAUGCGGAUCACACCUUCUCCCCCAUGUUCCCUGAAUCUGGAUUCAGCCCUCCCGACUCGUUGUCCACCAACUCCUCAGACGAGGAGGGCGACGGCCGCGCGGAAGCAGUGCGACGACGCGUCCGUGUCCCUCUCGAAGUCGAAGAGGACGAUGACGAGAUGGGUGAGAUGGUCGCACCCACUGCCAGUGGUAUGGUCGAUUCGGACGAUGAAGAUGAAGCAAUCAUCAACGAGUCUCUGGGCUACUCCAACAUCCCUGGUCAGACCCGAUACGGCGGCUUCCAGCGGCCGCGGGCUGUGAGUUCCCACUUCGAUGAUGACCAGAACGAUAGCAGCGACGGCGAGGACGACGGGCUGGUGGAGAUACUUGUUCCUGGCCGCAAAUCCUCCACGUCUAACUAG